GAACGCUCAUGCAGUCCGUGGUCACUCUCCAAUUUAUCGACCGGUCCGACCAGUCUCCCACCUCUGCCCCUCCUUCACCUCCCCUUCCCCCUCCUUAUUUUCUGCGACACGCCCCCGCUCCCUUUCCUGUCUGCCCUAUUCUGCACACACGCAGACUUUUUGUCCGGUCAAGCGUGUUGUAUCGUCGCCCAUCUCUGUAAGGUGCUGCUCGUCUGAAAUCCGCGCAAUGGCAUCGAAGGAUAGAGAUAUUCUUCCGGACGUGGUCAAGCCAGUUCAUUACAAUGUGUCUCUAUUCGAUCUUCAACUUGGCGGCGCGUGGGGCUAUAAGGGCGUCGUCAGGAUAGAUUCUAAGAUCACUCGUCCCACUAGAGAGAUUGUGAUAAAUUCAAAGGAAAUCGAAGUCCAGGAUGCUGAGGUUCAUGGGAAAGAUGGGACCAAAUUGGCAAAGGCGUCCGACAUCACAUACGAUACGAAAUCGGAAAGAGUCACCUUAAUCUUUUCUGAAGAGAUCGCUCCUUUGGACGUUGUCCUGUCAAUCAGUUUCACCGGUACCAUGAACAAUGCCAUGGCUGGAUUCUAUCGUUCCAAGUACACACCAGUGGUGGACCCGACCGAAGAUACUCCCAAGGAGGGAGAUUUCUAUUACAUGCUGAGCACCCAGUUCGAAUCUUGUGAUGCUCGCAGAGCGUUCCCCUGCUUCGAUGAGCCGAACUUGAAGGCCACAUUCGAUUUCGAGAUUGAGGUACCCAGCGGUCAAACGGCUCUUAGCAACAUGCCUAUCAAGUCUGAGAGGAGCGGCAGUAAACCAGGGCUUAAGCUCGUCUCUUUCGAAACGACUCCAGUCAUGAGUACAUAUCUUUUGGCAUGGGCAGUUGGCGAUUUCGAAUACGUCGAGGCUAUGACUCAGCGCAAGUAUCAAGGCAAGAGCAUACCUGUACGUGUAUAUACGACCAAGGGUCUCAAGGAACAGGCUCGGUUUGCCUUGGAAUGUGCCCAUCGUACUGUCGACUACUUCUCUGAGGUCUUCGAGAUCGAAUAUCCACUGCCUAAGGCGGAUCUUCUUGCUGUCCAUGAAUUUGCCAUGGGUGCUAUGGAGAACUGGGGACUUGUCACCUACCGAACGACUGCCGUUCUCUUCAAUGAGGGCAAGUCGGAUACCAGGUACAAGAAUCGCAUUGCAUAUGUUGUCGCUCACGAACUGGCACACCAAUGGUUUGGGAACCUCGUAACGAUGGAUUGGUGGAACGAGCUGUGGCUCAAUGAGGGUUUUGCGACAUGGGUUGGCUGGCUUGCUGUCGAUCAUUUCUAUCCUGAAUGGAACAUCUGGUCUCAGUUCGUUGCUGAAGGUGUCCAACAAGCAUUUCAACUCGACUCAUUGCGAGCAUCUCACCCUAUUGAAGUGCCUGUGAGGAACGCUCUCGAAGUCGAUCAGAUCUUUGAUCAUAUUAGCUAUCUUAAGGGAAGCUCGGUCAUUCGGAUGUUGAGUGAUCAUCUUGGUCGAGAAACUUUUCUACGUGGGGUUGCUGCAUAUCUUAAAUCCCACGCAUAUGGUAACGCCACCACCAAUGACCUCUGGAGCGCACUCAGCAAAGCGUCCAAUCAGGAUGUUACUAGUUUCAUGGACCCCUGGAUCCGUAAAAUCGGCUUUCCCGUUGUCACUAUAACAGAGGAACCAGGUAAGAUCAGUGUUCGUCAAAGCCGCUUCUUGUCAACGGGUGAUGCAAAGCCCGAAGAAGAUGAGACGACCUGGUGGAUUCCCCUUGGCGUGAAGUCGGACCCUAAGAUGGCAGACGUAAAGUCCGGUGCCCUUGUUUCCAAGGCAGACAUACUUGGGGGUGUCGGACAAGAUUCCUUUUACAAGCUAAACAAGGACCUCUCUGGCUUCUACCGAACCAAUUAUCCUGCUGACCGGCUGGAAAAACUCGGCCAAUCCUUGGACCUGUUGAGCACCGAAGAUAAGAUUGGGUUGAUUGGCGAUGCCGCUGCCCUAGCCGUUUCCGGAGACGGAAACACUGCUGCCUUACUGGCUCUGUUAGAGGGAUUUAAGGACGAGAAAAAUUAUCUGGCCUGGUCUCAAAUAUCUUCCUCCGUUGCAAACUUGCGUUCGGUAUUUGCCUUGAACGAGUCGGUAGCAGCGGGGCUUAAGAAAUUCUCCCUUGAACUGGCGUCCCCUGCUGCCAAUAAGAUUGGCUGGGAAUUUAGCUCGGAGGAUGAUUAUCUUACCGUGCAGCUCCGUAAACUCCUCAUUGGAAUGGCUGGCCUUGCGGGCCACGACAAUAUUAUAUCCGAGGCCAAGCAACGAUUCGAGCUUUGGAAAUCAGGCAGUGAUAAGGAUGCCGUGCAUACUAACCUCCGCUCUGUGAUUUUCGGUAUCGCAAUUUCGGAGGGUGGCCUUCAAGAGUACGAUGCUGUGAAGCAGGAGUAUCUUAAGACCGAUUCUGUUGAUGGCAAGGAAAUUUGUCUGGGUGCCCUCGGACGUACUAAAGACGCUGGCCUAGUCAAUAACUACUUGGACUUUGUCUUCUCAGACAAGGUUGCAAUCCAGGACGUGCAUAAUGGUGCGGUCUCACUGGCUUCAAAUCCCCUGACUCGUCACCUUCUUUGGGAUUACAUGAAAACGAACUGGGCAUCCGUUGAAGCUCGUUUGUCGGCGAACAAUGUUGUAUUUGAAAGGUUCGUUCGUAUGGGGCUAUCAAAGUUCGCGGACCAUGGUAUUGCAGCCGAUAUCGCUUCUUUUUUCCAGGAUAAGGAUACCAGUGCAUACGAUCGUGCCUUAGUGAUCGUUGCUGACAGCAUCCGGACGAAUGCGAACUACAAGGAAAGGGAUGAAAACCAGGUCUUGGGAUGGCUUCAGGCCCAUGGCUACGCUUAAUCCUUUUGGGGAGGACCAACUAGUUGCUUAUCUACUUGCACGGCUAGUGUGUUGUUAGAGAUCUUACCUGUGAUUAGGAUAUUUGGUAGUUAAAUACUAAGUAGGUCACUUAAGUAAUGCUCGGAAGAAGGCUAUCUGAGUUGUGUUUAAAACGGAUGGCUAGGGGACUUGUUAGAUCCACAUACUUUUCCUAGUUCAAGGUACGUAAGGAAAAUCGAUCUGUUAUGGGAUGGUAGCCAUAGAUACCAGGGGAGAGUGAUUGAUCUAGUAUUUCACCCGAUGGACCUUACUAGGCACGGAGUAUGGUAUGGCGUUUUGAUG